AUGGGAGUGGCCACGGAGGAAACUCGGCUGCCCGACGCCAGGUCUGGGCCCGCCCCCACCUCCAAGGGCCGUCCUGCGGCCGGAGGGCCCACGAGAGCAGAUGUGGAACCCCCCUUUGAAGACGUGCUGGAGAAGGCCAAGGCCGGGGACCCCAAGGCGCAGACGGAGGUGAGGGCCGUGGCGUGGGGCAUCACCUCCGAGAACGAGCCCGCGGUGAAGCAGCUCUCCUCCGAGACCGACCUGGAGCGGGCCGUGCGCAAGGCGGCGCUGGUCAUGUACUGGAAGCUCAACCCCAAGAAGAAGCAGCAGGUGGCCGUGGCCGAGCUGCUGGAGAACGUCGGGCAGGUCAACGAGCCCGAUGGAGAGGCACAGCCCGGCCCCGUCCCCAAGUCCCUGCAGAAGCAGAGGCGGGUGCUGGAGCGCCUGGUCAGCAGCGAGUCCAAGAGCUACAUCGCGCUGGACGACUUCGUGGAGCUCACCAAGAAGUACGCCAAGGGCAUCAUCCCCGCCAACCUGUUCCUGCAGGAUGACGACGACGACGAGCUCUCCGGGAAGAGCCCCGAGGACCUGCCCCUGCGCCUCAAGGUGGUCAAGUACCCGCUGCACGCCAUCAUGGAGAUCAAGGAGUACCUGAUCGACAUGGCCUCCCGCGCGGGCAUGCACUGGCUGUCCACCAUCGUGCCCACGCACCACAUCAACGCCCUCAUCUUCUUCUUCAUCAUCAGCAACCUGACCAUCGACUUCUUCGCCUUCUUCGUGCCGCUGGUCGUCUUCUACCUGUCCUUCACCUCCAUGGUCAUCUGCACCCUCAAGGUCUUCCAGGACAGCAAGGCCUGGGAGAGCUUCCGCACCCUCACGGGGCUGCUGCUGCGCUUCGAGCCCAACCUGGACGUGGAGCAGGCCGAGGUGAACUUCGGCUGGAACCACCUGGAGCCCUACGUCCACUUCCUGCUGUCCGUCUUCUUCGUCAUCUUCUCCUUCCCCGUGGCCAGCAAGGACUGCGUGCCCUGCUCGGAGCUGGCCGUGGUGUCCGCCUUCUUCACCGCCACCAGCUACAUGAGCCUGAGCACCUGCGCCGAGCCCUACACGCGGCGAGCGCUGCUGACCGAGGUGGCCGCCGGCCUGCUGUCGCUGCUGCCCACGCUGCCCGGGGACUGGCCCCGCCUCAAGCUCCUGGGCCAGACCUUCUUCACCGUGCCGGUCGGCCACGCGGUGGUGCUCAACGCCAGCGUGCCCUGCCUGCUGUACGUGUACCUGCUCUACCUCUUCUUCCGCAUGGCCCAGCUGCGGCGCUUCCAGGGCACCUACUGCUACCUGGUCCCCUACCUGGUCUGCUUCAUGUGGUGCGAGCUCUCCGUGGCCCUGCUGCUCGAGUCCACGGGCCUGGGGCUGGUGCGCGCCUCCAUCGGCUACUUCCUCUUCCUGUUCGCGCUGCCCGUGCUGGCGGCCGGCCUGGCGCUCGUGGGCCUGGUGCAGGCUGCCGGCUGGCUCGCGUCGCUGGAGCUCACCAAGAUCGCCGUGACCCUGGUGCUGUGCGGCGUGCCCCUGCUGUUCCGCUGGUGGACGCGGGCCAGCUUCUCCCUGCUGGGCCUGGCCCGCUCGCUGUCGCGCAGCUCGCUGGUCAAGCUCAUCCUGGUGUGGCUCACGGCCAUCGUGCUGUUCUGCUGGGUCUACGUGUACCGCUCGGAGGGCAUGAAGGUGUACAACUCCACGCUGACCUGGCCGCAGUACGGCUUCCUGUGCGGGCCGCGGGCCUGGAGGGAGACCAACAUGGCCCGCACCCAGAUCCUGUGCAGCCACCUGGAGGGCCACCGCGUCACCUGGACCGGCCGCUUCAAGUACGUGCGGGUGACGGAGAUCGACAACAGCGCCGAGGCGGCCGUCAACAUGCUGCCCUUCUGGGUGGGCGACUGGGUGCGCUGCCUGUACGGCGAGGCCUACCCGGCCUGCAGCCCCGGGCCCGCCUCCACGGCCGAGGAGGAGCUGUGCCGGCUCACGCGGCUGGCCAAGCACCCCUGCCACAUCAAGAAGUUCGACCGCUACAAGUUCGAGAUCACGGUGGGCAUGCCCUUCAGCGGGGCCAACGGCAGCCGCGGCCCCGAGGACGACGACGUCACCAAGGACAUCGUGCUGCGCGCCAGCAGCGAGUUCAAGGACGUGCUGCUGCACCUGCGCCAGGGCAGCCUCAUCGAGUUCAGCACGGUGCUCGAGGGCCGCCUGGGCAGCAAGUGGCCGGUCUUCGAGCUCAAGGCCAUCAGCUGCCUCAACUGCGCGGCGCAGCUCUCGCCGGCGCGGCGCCACGUGAAGAUCGAGCGGGACUGGCGCAGCGCCGUGCAGGGCGCCCUCCGCUUCGCCUUCGACUUCUUCUUCUUCCCCUUCCUGUCGGCGGCCUGAGGGGCGGGAGGCCGAGGCCCCGCCCUAGAGGGCCAGCCGGGGGC